AUGCAAUCAUUACAUUAUAACAGUGGAUCUAUUAAAUUAACUCGUGAACGAGCAACGAUGGUUGCUCGUUGGGAAUCGAAUGAAGUUGCAAGAUGGAUAGCGGGUUUAGCUGGAAUUCAAUCAGAUAUUAGUGAAAUAUUUCUUCAAUAUCAUAUAAAUGGUAUUACAUUAGCGACGCUUCUUCGUCAAGAUCUUAUUCAUAUGGGUAUUACAAAACUUGAUCAACAACUUAUAUUGAUGCAAUCAACUGAUCAACUUCUUACUCUUGUCAAUCGAUUAAAUAGCGAAACAUUAGCUUUACUAUUUAUGCGUAUACAUUGUACAGCUACAGCAUGUUAUAAUCUAUUAAAAAGACAUGAUGAACCAUUGAAUGACAAUAGUAACGUAAUGAAUUCACCUGAAUUUUAUACAUCUAUUAGCAAUCUAUCAAAUGCAAUUGUUGAAACUUGCCAUUGGCUUGGAAGAUUACCAUUUAUUGAAAAUGCUGAAUAUAUUGAUUUACGACGUAAAAUAAUAAAAGCACUUGUUCAAAUACGUGUUUUAAUACGUAAUUUACGUCUUGUUGAUCAAAUUAAUAUGCCAAAAUCAAAAUUGAUUCUUGAAAUAAAUGAAUUACGAACAACAGCUAUUUCAUUAGUUCGUCAAAAUAAAGAUUCAUUAUUUUCAUCCGAUUGUUAUUUAAUAAGAGUUAAUUUACGACGUCCAAUUAAAGAUGAUGUGAAUAUUGAAUAUACAACAAUGCCUGAUUUUACGCAUUUUAUAUCAAGUAUUGAAACCGAAGCUAUGAGUUAUAUGGGAUCAGGUUUUAAUGCAAUUAAUAUUGGUGAUGAAAUUAUUGAAAUUAAUAAUCAAGUUGUGAUCGGUUGGGAUCCAAUGCAUUUUAAUGAAUUAAUUCGUUCAUCAUCUCGUGCAAAUGAAAUAUGUUUAUUAGUAAAAAAGAUGCCAAGACAUAAUGAUGAUGAAAUAUAUACAAAACGUUUUGUUGAUUUAACACCAAAUCCUCGACGUACACGUGCACGUGGUAAUUUAGAACGAAUUAAACAAACGGAAGAUAAUCGAACGAGAUUAUUAGAACAAGAAGGGGAGAUUGAUGUAGAAAGUGAUGACGAAACUCUUUAUCAAAGUAAACGUUCUUCCCAAAUUAAACGUGAUCAACAUUCAUCAUUACCUGAUCUAACUGAAACACUUACUGAUACUAAAAAUACAAAGAAUAUUAAUCAAAUAUCUGACCAUAUUGUACCUUCAUCCUCAACAUCAUCUGUAUCUACAAUUGCAAUGUUAUCACCUAUUUCUCCUAUAAAAUUAGAUUCGAAACGAAAGAGUAAUAAUCGAACACAAUCAGCUGGUGGCAUGCCUUCAUCACCAAAUGUAACACCGAAAAGUGCUAGAAAAAUGGGUUUUGAAUCAUAUUUUUCAACAUUAUUUCGUCCUCGUCAUGAUGCUAAAUCGAUUAUACCAGAUCUUGAUGAUCAUAAUACUAAAGAUCAACCACAAUUAGUAACUGUUAAACGUAUUAAUUCAACCUAUAAACAAAAUCCUUCAAACAAUUCUCUAUCAUCAAUUCAAGAUGAACAUAUUGCAUCAUCUCCACCACCAUUACCAUCACCUAUUGAUAAACGUGGUAGUCAAAGUAGUUUACAAAUGCCUUCAACACUUGCACAAAUUUCAAAUAUUUUCAAAUCACCUGAACAAAGAAGUAAACGAACAAAUGUCGAUAGUGAAAAGAAUAUGACAUUUCGAAAUGAAUUAAAAAUGGAAAUUGGUUCAAUUUUUGGGCAUCAUAACCAUGGUAUCGUUGCCAAUAAACCACCAGUAAAUCAUAGUGAUAGUCGAAAGAGUUCUGUUACUACUGAACGACGUCGUCCAAAACGUAAACCAUCGUAUAGAAAAAUCUCAUGUAAAGAUUUGGGUAAAGGUGAUUGUGAAGGUUUUUUACAUCGUUAUUUACCUAAAGGUGCAUUAUCACUUGUUCAAUGGCGACUUUAUUGGUGUGUUUUAAAAGGUGGCACUUUAUAUGUAUUUAAAUCUAAAGAUGAUAAAAAUCAAGAAGUAGAAAUAAAACUUGAAGGAAAAAAUGUAUCACCAGCACCGGAACGAAGAAAAUAUGGUUUUCGUAUUGCUGAUGAGAAUAGUAAAAAUCGUGAAUAUUUUUAUUGUUCAACACGUGAUGAAAUGGCUAAAUGGAUGAAUAAAAUGGGUUUAGCAGCUAUUAAUUUUAAUAUGGAUGAUUCAAAAAUUGGUGGAUUUCAUAAAGGUUUUGUUGAUUCACGUGAAGGUUCACCAGCAUCAACACCAAUUCUCGGUGCAUCACCAGCAUCAAUUACUAAACAACAACGAAUGGGACAUAUUGGUUCAACUGGUGAUAGUGAAAAUGAUUCCGAUAAAGAUUCAAUUGCAUCAUGGCAUAAAUCAACAUCACAACAUAGUAGUGUUUCAGAUACUGAAACAUCAAGAGAUAAAAAUGAUAAACGUGCUGAUCUUUCAUCUCUUGCUCGUCAUGCACGUUCAGCAUCAUCAGCUUCAAUUGUAUCUGAUACACAUAAUAGUUCAAUUACAUCACCAUCAAAUCGUUUUGCUGGUCAAAUUAAUUCAUCAUCAAACAAAAAUCAUUAUCGAAUAAGUAGUUCGCCAAUACGUUCUCAACGAUCAUAUGAAGAUGAUCAACAAAAUGCUUAUGUUACUGCAGCACCAAGACUUUCGGAUUCGGAUUCAUCAACUGAACUUCCUUAUAAACGAAUGUUGAUUAAUAAUCCAACUAUGAAGAAUAAUUCAUCACAGAAACAUCUUCAAUCUUCAAUUAAUGAUCAAUCGAGAAUGUUAAAUUCUUCUAGUGGUUUUACUAUUCCAUCUUCUACACCUCGUCUAUCUAGAUCAAAUGAUAAAACUCUAGCACAAGCUUCUAACAAUAAUAUGUUUCAUAUGGGUAAUGAAGAACAUUCAUCGAAUCUAUCUUCAUCUCCACCACAACAAUAUUCACCAGCAGUUGUACGUGUUGCUCCAUUGUAUAUAUCUGUUUAUACAUCAACUCCACCGAUACCUCUUGUGAAAGGUACAGUUGCUGUUUCAACUCCUUCAACAAAUAAUGAUGAAUCAUUUUUUACUCGUCGUUCACCUUCACCAACACCCUCACCACUAUUAAAAACUACCGAACAAUUCAAUACAACAAAUUCAUCACCAACUUAUAAAUAUCGUCAUCGUCAUCCUUCUACAUCUCAACAAAAAUAA